AAAUUUUUUAUUUUCUAUAUUCCGGAUUUUGUUAUGCCUUCAGUUAAGAUUUUCGCCUUACAAAAUCCUUUAUCUCGGAUCACGUGAUCAUUGUUUACUGUAAUUUUAGAAGGGAGAAGAUUUUGAUUUCAUUUCGUUGGACUUUGAGUAUUUUCGUUGCGUUAUAAGGAAUUCUUUCGAGAUAAUCACGUUUCUCCAGUUGAUGUUGAAUUAUUAGACCAAGAAUUGUAAGUAAAAUGUGAAUUUUAACAUUUUAUACAACGUUUUCCAAACUGAUUGACCAGUGGCAGUGGCUGGUUUCGUAACCUCCCUUCUUACAUAACACAUUUGUUAUGACAAAAAACGUUUUGAUACUUGGUCACUCCUUUGUGCGGAGAUUAGAACAUUUUGUUUUAAACAAUUUGGACAGCCGAGUGAACGAAAACCUGAAUUUGAAUAGAGAUGAGGUUCGCAUUUGUUACAGUGGACAUGGUGGCGCUUCUCUGGAGAAGAUUCGCGCGCUGGGGAUGGCUUACGUAAGGGAACACCGCCCGGAUGUGGUCAUUAUUCAUGGUGUUUCUAACGAUUUGUGUAAACCCGAAAAAUCUGUUGACUCUAUUUUUAGACAGUUAAUUGAAUUUCUCAUAGACCUACGGUAUGGACAGUCUGUCAAAUCUGUGAUAAUUCUACAAACUUUACAUAGAAUUUCUCCUCUGAGGCGCACUCGUUACGAGGUCAGUUUACCGUGGUUUAACGGCAGGGCAGAUGAACUAAAUAGGAGGGUAUCAGAUUACACAAAGGGAGUUGAUGGUGCCAAAUUCUUCCGCCUUCAAGGAUUUUGGAACUUUUCCACUAAGUCCAGUGUUUACCUUGAUGAUGGAGUCCAUUUAAAUAGACAGGGGAACAUCAAGUAUUACAACAACAUCAGGGCUGUUGUUGUUUCUGUUCUUAAAUCUCUGCACAAUGAUGAAUGUCAGUGAGAGAGGGCGGCGAAGGAAAAGGACUGCUCCCCCUGCCGCAGCUGGAUCAGCUACACAGAGGGUGGUGAUGGAUGAGGAAGUGGACGGUACCUCCCAGAAUGAUGUGCAGCCCCAGGUUCCACCUAUACAGCCACAAUUGGUAGCAGCGGUGACUGAACAGGUGCUAAAAGCCCUUGCGGGAGAGGAGAAGAAGGGUACUAAGAGGAGCAAACCUCAGAAGGGUUCUAAACGCAAACAGCGGAGAACGCCAAGCAGCGGCUCUUCAGGUACAGACUCUGACAAUAAUGAUGAAUCUACAGAUAAUUCAGAUUCUGACAGCUCCUCAUCUUCAGAUAGUGAUUCCGAUGACUGUGAACUAAUUUCUGAUCCGACAACUUCGCAGAUAGAUUCUAAAUUGAAAAACAAAAUUUGGCAGAACAAAUACGUAGAUUUCGUCAAGUUGCUCCCAAGGGAUGAUUUCACUUCAGAUAAAUCAUUGCGCCUACAAAGCGCUGGUAACUCUGAAUAUAAAUUUGUCAAAUCAAAACCAAAAAAGUCUAUCAAAACAAUUGAGCAGUGGACAACAGCAUUUUUGAAAUUUUUGGCAGUAUAUUCGGAAAAAUAUCCAAAGCAAAUCCCAGCUGUUAUCAAACAUGGGGAAAUUGUUAGAGAGUUAGCAAGUAGAUCUUUGGGUCAGACAUGGCUUACAUAUGAUAAGCAGGUCAGGAAGGACAUUGAAGUGAAGUCAAUUCCAUGGGGGCAACUUCAUUACGAGUAUUGGGUAAUGGCCACCACUUUUCGACAACCCCAAACCCAACUCAAUUUUCGUGGGAAACAGGGCCAACCAAGGGUUUCAUUCAAAAAUAGAACCCCUCCAGGAUUCUGCUACGUCUACCACAAAAGUGGAAAAUGUUCAAACCAGCAAUGCCAGUAUAAGCACAUCUGCUUUCAGUGUAGGAAAACACACUCAGUCUUGUACUGCACAGGGGGAGAUAAACCAUUUACAAAGGGUACCGGUACCACAUCUCAGUCUAAACAAACAUCAAUCCCCCAAAACGCAAACAAAUAAAAAUGUAGUAACACCAGUUAAGGUAUCCAUUUUAAGGCAGUUCCUCGAAGGGUAUGAUGACAAUUUAAAAAUUUAUUUAACUGAAGGUUUUCAAUAUGGCUUCAAAAUACAAUAUGAGGGUCCAAGGCAACAGCGCUUUUGUAAAAAUUUAGUAUCGGUUCAGCAGCAUGAAAAUAUAGCUUCAAAUAAAUUACAAAAAGAAAUUUCCCUUGGUAGGAUUGCUGGUCCAUUCAGCUCACCUCCUUUUACAAACCUUCAGUGUUCUCCUAUUGGAAUUGUUCCUAAAAAAGAAAUAAAUGAAUUUCGGCUUAUUCAUCACCUGUCAUAUCCGGACGGAGCCUCUAUAAAUGAUUUCAUCCCUGAUGAGUUGUGUUCUGUUUCCUACGCAACAGUAGAUGAUGCCAUUAAACAAAUAAAGAAACUAGGUAAAAACUGUUUGUUAGCAAAAACAGAUAUCGCUUCGGCAUUUCGCAUAUUACCUGUUCAUCCAGAUGACCAUGAAUUGUUAGGGAUUCAAUUUAAGGGGGCUUUUUAUUAUGACAGGUGCUUGCCAAUGGGGUGUUCAAUAUCUUGUUCUAUUUUUGAGACAUUUAGCACUGCCUUACAAUGGAUAGCUUGUUCAAAGUUCGGUGUAUCCAAUAUGCUGCAUAUUUUGGAUGAUUUCUUAUUUUUAGGUCCACCUGAUUCCCCAGUAUGCAAUUUAGCUUUAUCUCAGUUCAUUUCAAUGUGUGAAGUUUUAGGGGUACCUAUUAAAUGUGAAAAAACUGAGGGGCCUUCAACUACAUUAAUCUUUCUGGGUAUAGAGUUAGAUACUAUGAACAUGGAAGCUAGAUUACCAAGAGACAAAAUAGAGAAAAUUCAGAAUGCUCUGCAUUCUGCCAAGCGACGUAAAAAGAUUACUCUGCGUGAGCUUCAAUCUCUGAUAGGCCUGCUAAAUUUUGCAUGUUGUGUUGUUGUCCCGGGAAGGGCAUUUUUACGGCGGCUUAUUACACUCACCAUAGGUAUUUCAAAACCACAUUUUCACAUUCGUCUGAAUGCACAGGCUAGGUUAGAUUUGAGUGCUUGGUGCGAAUUUAUUGAGAAUUUUAAUGGAAAAUCUAUGUUUAUUGAUGACCAUUGGCUGAAUUCUCAAAAACUACAUCUGUACACAGAUGCUGCAGGAAAUUUUGGUUAUGGUGCUGUUUUCGGUACUAAAUGGUUCUAUGGUGCCUGGGAAAACAUGGGUCUAAGACAGGUCUACAAUAUCACUUUUAAAGAGUUAUUUCCAAUAGUUAUUGCAGUAGAAACUUGGGGAGAUGCACUUGCAAACAAAUCAAUACUUUUUCAUUCAGAUAAUAUAGCUGUAGUAGAAAUUAUAAACAAAACUUCUUCUAAAGACACCUCUGUUAUGUGCUUAUUGAGACGCUUGGUGCUUGCUUGUUUAAGGCAUAAUAUUUUAUUCAAAGCGGAGCAUAUUCCUGGAAAAAUAAAUGUCUUACCAGAUCUACUUUCGCGAUUACAGGUGCAGAAAUUCCUUGGGUUGGCACCAUACAUGGACCGAUUUCCAACUACUGUGCCAAAGCAAUACCUUCAUGUUUGAAUGAGACUGCAUCUAAAUUGUUGGAAGCCUCAGUAACUUACAAUACUCAGCAAUCUUACAAGACUGCUAUGUCUGUUUUUCAGAAUUUUUACAGAAAAGUAUUUCACACCAGGCCUGAAUUUCCUACGGAAGUAGCACAGGUUAUUUGUUUUGUGUCUUGGCUACAUAAAGAAGGAAAAUCCCACAACACCAUCAACACUUAUGUUGCUGGUCUUUCAUAUUACCACCGUCUAAAUGGUUUCACAGACCCCACACAAUUUUUUAUUAUCAAAAAACUAAUUAAAGGUGCACAACAGCUGUCAGGUACACCUGAUAUCAGGCUACCUAUCACACCUCAAAUAUUGCGCAAAAUUGUACAUGCAGUUAAAAACACAAUCUCUGAAAAAUUCAAUAGGCUUCUCCUUAGGGCAAUGUUUACUCUGAGUUUCUUUGCUUUCUUACGCGUAGGAGAAAUAACAGCAAAAUCCCCUAGAAACAUUAAAAAUGUUAUACAAAUGGAAAACUUGAAACUGGACAAACCUUUGACAAAUCCAAAAUACAUGACAUUAACUCUUAGACAUUUCAAGCACAACGCAUCCUGUAGACCGGUCUGUUUACAAAUAGCUACUCAGAAAUGUAAAUCCAUUUGUCCGGUUCGUGCUAUGGUGAAAUACAUUGAAGCACGAGGUUCAGCUCAGGGUCCUUUGUUUACUUUUGAUAAUUGCAAUCCCAUUUCACAAGCAUAUUUUACAUCAGAACUCAAGAAUGUGGUGUUAUAUACUGGUCUUGACCCCAAGCUCUAUAGGUCUCAUAGUUUUCGCAUAGGGGCAGCUUCUUAUGCUUUUCACUCCAAAGUAUCUGAAGAAAAAAUCCGCCUUAUGGGUCGCUGGAAUUCUAAUGCAGUCAAACGAUACUUCCGUAUCCCAGUGUUUGAUACUAUUGAGGUUUCACCUACAAGUCAGACUGACUGAGGCAGCUGAUGAUGAACGUGUAGUAUCCCUCCCUCCCUAUCCCUCUUGCAAUCAUAAAUGUAUUAUUUAUAUUCAGACUGUCUGAGGCAGCUGUAUAUUUAUAUCAAUUCCAUAUUUUUACUUAG